AGGGGCGGCGCUGGAGGGUUCAGUCGGGCCGGUUGUGUGAGCUGGAACUCGGUGUUAAACUGGUUGGCUGGCACGGACUGGUUGGUUGAGGGUAGCCAUGGCUCGACUCGCUGCGCUACUGUUGUUACCGGUUCUGAUUGAAUCGGUGUUUUGCAUUUCUUUCUUUUUACCGGUUAACUCAAGAAAGUGUUUACGGGAGGAGAUCCACAAAGACGUCCUUGUCACGGGGGAGUAUGAAAUAACGGAACAGGCGAACACCAAAACUAAUCUGAAGAUCACAGAUUCCUCCAGCCACACUCUUUACUCCAAGGAAGAUGCAACAAAAGGAAAGUUUGCAUUCACCACUGAGGACUAUGACAUGUUUGAGGUGUGCUUUGAGAGCAAAUCACCCAUGGGAACUGGAAGAGUGCCUGACCAGCUGGUCAAUCUGGACAUGAAGCAUGGUGUGGAGGCGAAAAACUAUGAAGAGAUUGCCAAGGUGGAGAAGCUGAAGCCUCUCGAGGUCGAGCUGAGGCGACUGGAGGACCUGUCGGAGUCCAUCGUCAAUGACUUUGCUUACAUGAAGAAGAGAGAGGAGGAGAUGCGGGACACCAAUGAGUCCACCAACACACGUGUGCUGUACUUCAGCAUAUUCUCCAUGUGCUGUCUCAUUGGACUGGCUACAUGGCAGGUCUUCUACUUGCGGCGCUUCUUCAAGGCAAAGAAGCUGAUCGAGUAGAACAACCCGUAGCUCCUUACCUCGGGGGAAGCUGCCUGUCGGUCAGCCAACACAUCCAAACAUCCACCUUCCUUGGACUAGCUUCAGCAAACAACAGCAAGUGGGGUUGAGGGGCUCAAAUUCUAUUUUUCACGGCUGUAAGAGAGAGUACCGAGGUUGUCCUCUGAGAAAAAAACAAAUGAUUAACUUCCUUAUUUAGUGGUUUGAAACAUGAAAAGCGCUGUAGGGAGAAGUGCACUGUGAGACAUGGGAAGCGUAUGUCACUGCAUUAGUGAUGUAUGUCCAUCUCAUGGUACUUUACGUUUCUGUCUGCACUGUUUUGAGUGUUGCAGCUUACUGAAUAAGAACUUGUUCCUUCAACCAGUUAAAGUGAUGUUUGAUUUUGAGCUCAGUUUGAAUGGAUGUGCCAUGAGCGAAUGUCUUUUGCCCUUCUGUUGAUGUACACAUUCUUUGCCAUGCCAAGCAAACUAGAUCCUUGGUGCCCUUUUAUCAAGUGAAGGCUAUUUGAAAAAGUGGUUUGUUGUUACGUUGAUGAGAAAGAUAGCAACCACUUCUGUGUUAUGUCACUUAAUUUGCAUACAUGUUUGGUAGCUAAAUUUAACCGUGUCUUUAGUUUGUUUUCAUAUUGUAAAUGCUACUUAGUUGCUUCUAAAGGUUUAUUUUUUGGGGGGUUGUGAGUUUUCAUAGUAAUAUUCUCUUGGUUAUAAAUUAGGUCACUUCUAUAUGCUCUUGCACGUUCUAGUUUUUGUGAAACACCUGAACAAUAAUUUGUCACAAAUCAAUGGUAGCCAGAAACCAAAAACCUUGUCAUUAGGAAGGAGUUUGCAGCAUUAUAUUUCAUGUAUAUGGCUGAGUAAUUAAUUUAACCACCUGACUUCUAUGAUACAAUUCAUAUAUACUUGUGCAAGUUUCUCUUGUCAGAGGUUUUGACAGGAAAUGUAAAAUAGGCAAUCCAAACCCUUUCUGAAAUUUCCUUUCAGUCGUGCGCCCCUUUUAUUCACACACACAAUUUUCAAAAUAUCACUUGCUAAUUACAGUGCCGAUCCAUCCAGCAUGCUUCUUUUCUUUAGAAAUACUUUUGAGGCUUGGGUUACAUGGGAAUGUGGGUGGUUGCAAAUAUGCAGAUUGUUUUUGGCAGGGAUUAAUUGAGGCAUCUGUCAGAGGUACAUUUUUAACAAUGGACAUGCGCAUUGUGCGCAAUCAAUGAUUUUUAUGUUGACUGAUAAAUUUUGUAAAUUUGUGUUGGGCUUUUAUUCAAUAAAAUAUUGGAUGGAUUUACAUUA